UACGCAACAAUCCCGGUAAAGAAAGAAAUAAAUAAGAAGGAUUCAAGUUUCUAUUUCAAAACAGAGUAUACUUUUGUUCUACGUAAUAUUCAGAUCCAAAAACCUUUCUCUUUCAACAACUGCACUUUUUUCUUGCCUCUUCACUCUUCAGCUAUGUCGCUACACUCCAACUUCAUCGAUUUAUUGCCUAACGAACUUAUCGUCAAAAUCUUCUCAUCGCUUUAUAUUUCAAUUGAAAUGUGUAAACAAGUUUUGGAACACCUUCAUCUCCUCACUCAUCACCAAUCCCACAUUCGUCCAAUUGCACCUUCACCAAUCGCCACGAAACAAACACUUACUACUAAUUCCCAUGGAGCCCCCAAAUUAUUGUGAUGUUACUGCAGUACCCUUCCCCGUAUCUCGUUUAUUGGAAAACACAUCGAUCACUCUUCCCUAUGAACUGUCCAAGAAGAAUUGUAGCAGAGUAAUUGGUUCAUGUAACGGACUGGUUUGUUUGUUGGGCCUUGAAUAUUCUUCAACAACUCUGUCUCUGAAUAUCUGGCUCCGUUUUUGGAACCCAGCCACAAGAAUAAUAUCUGAAAAAUUAGGAUCUUAUAAUCAACCUCGCCAACAUUAUAAGAGGCUUAGAUGCACAUUUGGUUAUGAUAACUCAACUCAUACUUAUAAGGUGGUGGCUUUCAAUUCUAGGGAAAUCAAAGUUUUCACUUUGGGUGAUAAUAAUUGGAGAAAUAUUCAAAGUUUACCUGUUGUACCUUUUGACAAUACGUUUAUUAUUUUCUCUUGUCAUCUCAAUGAUGGUGUGCAUUUGAAUGGUACAAUUAACUGGUUGUCUUUUCAAAAUAAUGUUCAAGAUAGUGAAACUCUUGAGAUAUUGGAUUAUAUUAAUAUUGAGAAAUUUGUGAUUAUCUCGCUUGAUCUUGCUACAGAAGCUUAUAGGCAAAUUUUUCCCCCUCGAGGUUUUCAUGAAUUGGUACGUGUUGUGGCACCAACUAUUGCUGUGUUGAUGGACUCCCUUUAUUUUUCUUAUCAUUAUGAGGGAACUCAUUUUGUUACGUGGAAGAUGACUGAAUUUGGAGUUGAACAAUCUUAGACUCAAUUAUUUAAAAUUAGUUAUUAAAAUCUUCAACUAAAUGAUGAGUUUGGUAACUUGAUUUGUCUUCGCUUGUUUCUAUUUCCACUGUAUCUUUCGGAGAAUGGUGAUAUACUUAUAUUGGCAUACAAUAACUCAUUCCGCAAUUCUCUAUAAUUUGAGAGAUGAUACCAAAAAAACGAAUUAGUAUGGUCAAGAGAAUAAAUUGGUUUCUCUCCGUAGAUUACGUUGAAAGUGUGGUUCCAAUUACCUCAAAGUAAGUUCUUU